GAGGGAAGUUCAGUCAUUACACAGCCUCUUUACACUCUAGAUGAGAUACUCUGGACCAAUCAAGUCUGAAUCAAGGAUGAACUUCCCGGUUCUGCUGCUUGUGGUCAUCUCUGGAUGUUGCGCCAAUGAGAAUUUGCAUGGAGCAUCUUUUGUGUUUUACAAAAUCGGCAGAACAGCAAAAGUGGUUUUGAAGCCCACCACCACUGAACCACUGAGCAAUAUCACUGUCUGUCUGCAAUCCUACUCAGACACCACCCAGAAAGACUCCCUCUUCAAACUGAAGAAUGAAAAUAAUUCCAUAGCACUGUUCCAGCUCUACCGGCAGCUAGAUUAUUACUUCAUUGUCCUAGACCAACAGUAUGUUUACUAUAAGGUCAGCGAAGAGAGCAUGGAGUGGAGACUCAUCUGUGUGACCUGGGAGUCCAGCACUGGGAUCAUCCAUUUGGUUGUCAAUGGGAAACUUUUUCCAAGGAAGGUCUUAAAGCCAGGUUUCAUCAUAGACCCAAAGGUUAUUGCAGUCCUCAGGCAGGAUCUUGCUUAAUGCAGGACUUCCUUCUUAUUUGGGUGAAAUUAGAAAUGUUAACAUGUGGGAUCAGGCUCUCCACCCCAGUGAGAUGCAAUUGAUGUACUCUAAAAGUAGUUAUAAUUGUUGUGGAAACUGUAAUUAACUGGGAGUCUGUGGACUACGAGAUUGAUGAUGUCCUCUUGUAUAAGCCAUCAAAGAAAUGUUAGUGGAUUUAUUUUAAAAUUUUCAGGAUGCUAUUUUGUAGGUGAACCUCUGCGACCCCAACUUAUUAAGAAAACUAGAGACCUCUAACCCCAGUAGGGCACAAUAAGCAGUCUAGUUCAUAUAGGGGACCAGGUAGAGAAGUGACUUUUAGAAGCUUUGGCAGGUCCCUAUGACUCUUUGUGUACCAUACUGUACAUAGACUUCAAGGGGGAGAAUCACGAAAAGGUGUGACCUCUUUUCCACACAAUUUCCUAAGAGAAGGUUGGCCAUGUUUAUGUGCCCAGCCAGAGUUAUGGAUCCACAUUCUCCUCUACCUUUGAGACCCCCACCUGACAUUUAUAGCAUUUGUCCCAAUGUAAAAUCUGUAAUAUGAUCCCCCCUAAGCAUUAGAGAAGAAUGUGGCUAUUAUCUCUGCAGACUGCACCCCCAAAAAGCUAUGUCCCUGUGGGAUAUUCCUAUUUCACUGGUUGAAAAGAGACAGAGAUUCAUCAAGUUCAACCACUCUCAACUCUCCUAACUUUAGUUACCACAGGUUGAAGUUGCAGGAAUCUUGUCAGAAGGACUUCUCUACCUGUGUCCCCAUGACCAUUCUUCACCAAUCCUGAAUGCUUAUUAUUAUGAUAAGGGUAACGGGUUUAAUUAACCAAUCAGAAUCUGAUUUUCCUUUUUCUAGUACAGGUUAGUGUUGGGACCCACAUCCAUCUCACACUGAUAUACCAUCAUUGUCUGUAAAUGGUAGUCCUCCUUCAAAGGGGUUGUCCCAUCUGAACAUUUAUGGCAUAUCCAUAGGAUAAGAAAGGGGCCACGACGUGGUCAAAGAGCAUGCCCACAUGCAUCCUUCCUCUCCAUUCAAUCCUAUGCAUGCAUACUCAGUUAUUUUUUAAAGUCCCACAGCAAUUAAUGGAGUGGACGCUGUGUAUUUGGGGCCACCUCUCCAUUCAUCGCUAUGGGACCUCCAAAAUAACCAAGCCAGCGCUCAGCUAUUUUUGGAAGUGUCAUAGCAGUGAACAGAGAAGGCCAGGCAUGCGCAGCUUGGUCUCCAUUCACCGUCUUGAGAUAGAAGCUGGUCCCAGAGGUGGGGUUGUAGGACAUUUAUGGUAUAUCCUAUCGAAAUGCCAUAGAUGUCCAGAUAGGACGAACGCAUUAAGGACUCUUGGAUACAGCUGUGUGCACCAUGCUUUUUUAUUGUUAUCCAGGGUUUUAUAAUGUACCCUUAUAAUCUUCUAAUAUACAACUUAUUUACGUGGAGGACAGACAUUUAUUCAUUGCAAUCCUAUGUUAUUCUGUCUCUCUGGGCUUGAGUUUUGCCUAUUAUAUUACUUUCUACAAAAUGGCUGAUCAUUACCAUUUAUCAGGGGUUUCCCUAAAAAUAAAAUAUUAUAAG